GUGCGGGCUGCUGGCUUGUAAGGCGAUGAUGGCGGAAGAGGAGCAGCGUUGAGUUCUCUUAUCCCAAUUUUUUUUUUUUACAUUUUAAUUUAAUGCACGGUUCCUCAAUAAAAUAAGAUAAGAAAAAUAAAUCCUCACUCUCUCCCGCCUCCUCGCCCGAGACCAUGGGGAAUGAAGCCAGCCUUGAGGGGGGCGGCCAACCCGGAGAAGUAGGCUCGACUGGCUCAACCGUAGGGACUCCGGCUUCCAUUUCAGCACCGCCGGGCUCUGGACAGCUCACCAAGCCCAGCAAUGGAGGUGCUGCCGGGGCAGGACCAGCGGCCGGAGCCGGGGCACGGAUUAACAGCCACGCCGGGAGACCCAGCCAGGCUGACCAUGGGGCCGGUGCAGGCGGCGGCGGCGGCGGCGGCGGCAGCGGCAUCGCGGGGAGGGUUGACCCCUACCGUCUGGCGACCCACGAGAGCCCCCGACAGCAGCCGCCCUCCCCGGGACAGGCGCAGGCCCCCCGGCGCUCCCUACAGGUGGACAUCAGCCAGAAGGCGGGGGGGAGGUCCCCAGCGGCCUCGCCCGACAGAGGCAGCGCCGCCACCUCCCCUUACUCCGUGCCCCAGAUCGCCCCCAUGCCGAGCAGCAGGCUGUGCCCCGUGUGCAACACGACGGACCUGACGGCCUCCCAAGACCAGCCAAACUUCAACACCUGCACUCAGUGCCAUGCCAUGGUGUGCAACCAGUGUGGCUUCAACCCCAAUCCGCACCUCACUGAGGUGCAGGAGUGGCUUUGUUUGAACUGCCAGAUGCAGAGAGCUUUAGGAAUGGACAUGACCACCCCUCCGCGCUCCAAGAGCCAGCAGCAGAUCCACUCGCCCUCCCACCAGGCCAAACCCGAGCCCCAGGCUCAGCACCCGUCCCAGGCCCAGCCCUCACAGCCCUCCGCGGGACCCCACAGACAAACCGGCCCCAGGCCCGCCUCUCAGCCUGGGCCGCCAGCCGGCUCCCAGCACCCCAGGCCCGACCAGGCUGCCCAGCGCGUGCCAACCAGCCAGGCCCAGCCCACGUUGGACCCCCUGGGCAGGAGGGACCAGCCGGGUCUGGCGAAGGCGCCGUCGCAGCCCGAUUUGUCGCGGUCCUCCCCGCAGCACCGCCCCAGCAGGCCGGCCGGGACGGAUCAAGUCCGGAGCGCCGGAAGUUCUCCCGCCAGGGCGCCGGGCGGUCCCCAGGAACCAUCCCAAGAUGGCUUGACUGGCAAGCUCUUCGGCUUCGGGGCGUCUCUCUUAAACCAGGCCAGCACCCUCAUAUCGGUGGACCCGCAGCCCAGCACGCAGCCCCAGCAGUCCCCGGCCAAGGCGUCCCCUAAGGUGGUGUUCAGCGACGCCAGUUCAGCUGCAGCCCCGAAGCCGCAGGGGGCCAUGCCUGGGGCUACCCAGGCGAAACAAGGUGGCACCCCCCCCCUGCAGCAGCAGCAGCAGCGGCAGCCCCCCCCGAAGCAGGACGCCACCCCCAAACCCAAGGAGCCAGAGAGGCCCAAGGUCAGCUGCCCCCUCUGCAAGACUGAGCUGAACAUGGGCUCGGCGCAGCCUCCCAACUACAACUCCUGCACACAGUGCGGCUCCCAGGUCUGCAACCUGUGCGGAUUCAACCCCACGCCCCACCUGCUGGAGAAAAAGGAAUGGCUUUGCUUGAACUGUCAGACUCAAAGACUCCUUUCGGGAGGCCUAGGGGACGCUCCUCUCCCUGUUCCUCAGCCGUCUCCCAAGCACCAACCCGCAGGUUCUCCCCGGCACCAGCCCACAGCAGCCCGGCAGCCGCCGGCGCCGACGCAGACCCCGCAGAAAGGGACCAGCCCGCAGCACGGGCCGAAGGCAGCGCCUCCGCAGCAGAAACUUCCGGCCUCUGCGGGGAGCGGUCCCUUCUCUCCGGCGAAGCACCAUGCAGCCCCUGCUCAGGACAAGCCAGCAGCCGGUGCCACGGGCGAGGCCCAGAAACAGCAGCUGCUCGCGGAGAAGGACAGAGUGACUCCCAGACCAGGGAGAGAGGCCGACACUCCACCUGCCUCCAAAGACAGCAAACCAGCGCCAAAGAAAGGUGCACCUGAACCCAUUACUGCCAUCACCCCAGCAAAGGAGUCAAAGAAGCCAGGAGAAUCCCAGAAAACAAGGCACCAUGAUGAGGCCCUUAAAUCCAGUACGCAAGACCUGUCGCGGAGCCCACAGAGUCUGAGUGACACGGGCUACUCCUCCGACGGGAUAUCCAGCUCUCAGAGCGAGAUCACCGGGCUGAUCCAUGAAGAAGAGAUGAAGCUGAGCGAGCGAGGGGCCGGUGAGCACAGCCCCCCGAGCCCGUCGGAGAUCACCAAGCUGGAGAGCUCCAUGCGGCCGCUGCUGGAGUCCAAGUCCAUCUCAGACGGCGACCAGAAGGGCCGGGGGAAGCAGCAGCACCACCACCACGACCCCAGGGACGACCCGAAGCAGAAGCAGAGGCCCCGCUCCCUGUCCAUCACCCCCGAGGCGUUCGACUCGGAUGAGGAGCUGGAGGACAUACUGGAGGAAGAUGAGGAUUCGGCGGAGUGGGAGAACCAGCACGCCCGCCGGGACAGCCUGGCCGAGUCGUCCGAUGACUUCGGCAGCAAGCUGCGCCACGACUACGUGGAGGACAGCAGCGAGAGCGGGUUCUCCCCUCUCCCCGGCCGGCCGAGGAAGACUGACUCGGAGAUGACGGAUGAGGAGUUCAUGAGGCGGCAGAUCUUGGAGAUGAGUGCUGAGGAGGACAACAUGGACGAAGACGAGGGCUAUGGCUACCCCAAGCAGAAAAAGAGCCACAAGCACAGCACAGACUCGGGGAAAGACUCGAAACGCCACCUCCCCCAUAACUCCAGCAGCUUAUACGAAGAAGAAGUCAAAGUGCACGAAGAUGGCUAUAAAGCUGCUGUGGAGGAUGGGGAAGAAGACCUGAUGGCUUCUCAGGGAGGGCUGCGGCGCUUCAAGACCAUUGAACUGAACAAUACUAACAGCUACAGCCGGGAGAUGGAGCUGAGCAGCGAGAACGACCUCAGCCUGGACCGAGAGCCAGAGCUCGAAAUGGAGAGCUUGACUGGCUCCCCGGAUGAAAGGUCGAGGGGAGAGUAUUCAUCAACUCUACCCGCCACCACGCCCAGCUACACCUCAGGCACAUCCCCCACGUCAGUCUCCUCCAUGGAGGAGGAUAGCGAUAGCAGCCCCAGCCGCAGACAGAGGCUAGAGGAAGCCAAACAGCAGAGGAAAGCCAGGCAUCGAUCUCAUGGCCCGCUUCUGCCUACAAUCGAGGAUUCUUCCGAGGAGGAGGAGCUGAGAGAGGAGGAAGAGCUACUGAGGGAACAAGAGAAGAUGCGGGAGGUUGAGCAGCAACGGAUUCGGAGCACUGCCAGGAAAACAAAGAGGGACAAAGAGGAGCUCCGGGCACAAAGACGCAGGGAGCGAUCCAAGACUCCCCCGAGUAACCUCUCCCCUAUUGAAGAUGCAUCCCCAACAGAAGAACUGAGGCAAGCAGCUGAAAUGGAAGAGCUACACAGGUCGUCUUGCUCUGAGUAUUCACCCUCUAUUGAUUCAGAAGCGGAAGGGUUUGAAAUGAUAGCUUCCAAAUUAUACAAGUCAGGCAGUGAGUACAACCUGCCAACUUUCAUGUCACUUUAUUCCCCCACUGAAAAACCAACAACCACCUCCUCUUCCUCUAGCAGCAAACCUCUUAAAAGUGCAGAAGAGGUCUAUGAGGAAAUGAUGAGGAAAGCAGAAAUGCUGCAAAAGCAACAGAAGCAGCAGAUGCAACACGUAAAGCAAGGGCAGCAGUAUAGUAAUACAUACCAGCAGGAAGAUUUCAGGAGCACAGGGCAUCAGAACAAUUACCAGUACCAAUAUGAAGAGGACUACGGAUAUGAAAAAGAAAUGGGGACAGCUCAUCCUGGGUACCAAAGCACUGCUUCAAAGGCUGACAACAUUUACGAGGAGAUCCUUCAAACAUCUCAAAGCAUUUCCAAAAUGCAACAGUCUUCUUCACUUGACAUGAGCUUGCAGCAAAAAGAAACCAGUCAGACGAACCUUUGUGGUUCUUUCCAAGACAAGCAGCUUUUGGACACUGGAUCAGCAUUUGCAAAGCUACUGGAGCAAAACAGUGCCCUUCUUACACCUGGCACAAGUCCUACACAGCUUUCGGCGCCUGUGUCAUUUUCUUCAACAGGGACAGAAACAAGUGGAACAGGAGCGAGGGCCAUUCCUGACGUUCGGGUUACGCAGCAUUUUUCAAAGGAGAUGCAAAAGGACAGAGCAAGGAGCCAAAGCUCUUCCGUUAGUGUUGGUUCUGCUGCUGUCACAACUGUGGCUUCUUAUGUGGUGUACGGCAGGGAAUCAACAGCUACUACUCACACCUCAACCGGCCAAACUGCUGCUUCCACUAGUCCAUCAGCAGGGUAUGGGCGCCAGACAGGGAGUGCAGCUGGCUCUGCUGUCUCGAGUAGAAUUUCGGAGUAUGCUCAGGCUUAUAGCCAAAGGGACAGUAGUGGAAAGAGAGCUGGGGAAAGCAAGGGGACACAAGUGAGAGACAGCUCUCAGGUUGCUGCUGAUAAUGUCAACUUCACAUCCAAAGUCUACUCUUAUUUCAAAGGUUCCAGCCCUCCACUUUCCCCCUAUACCUCCCCCACACAAAGCCCAACUCAUUCUCCUUCCAGAAUGGCCACAGCUGAGUUCUCCACACAAACCUUCAGCUCUGGUACUUCAGUGCCUACGACCGGAUCUGGUGCCACCUCCCCAGUGGUGGCACAGGGCACCCAGACACCACACAGAUCCAUGUCACCACGCCUUUCUAGGCAGCAGUCCUCUCAAGAGUCACCUUUUAUGGUCAUAACACUGGGGUCUGAAGCCACCAGUCCUAGUAAGCCAUUGACUGUCAACUCUUCCACCUCACCCCUGUCUUCACCUACUCGACUGAGUCGUCAACAGACUCUUCAUGGUUAUGGUCAAUCUGCAGGUCCCCCACCUUCACCACAGCAUCAGCAGCAGCAACAGCAGCAAUCACAGCACGUGCUAUACAAGACUCAGACACAGACAGACAGGGGACCAGUGGCAAAGGUGAAUGUUGGCACUAGUACUGUCACCACUGCUAACACGUAUAGCCGUGGAUCCUUAUCCAUGGAAAAUAUAUCCCUGUGCAGAAUCUCCACUGUUCCUGGAACUUCCAGGGUAGAGCAAGGCCAAAGAAUGCCCAGUGGUAGUGUAGUAGACUUAAGGACAGCAACAAAGCCUGCCCCAGUUAUCAUGACAGAUCAAGGCAUGGACCUAACGUCUGUGGCAUCAGAAAGCCGCAAAUUCUCUGUUGGGUCUGAGGCUAGCCCAACCCGGCACUCCACAACUGUUCAGCCACUGAUCAUAAACUUGAAUGCUCAACAGCAUCCUCGUGUUGCUAUGUCAACGGCAACAACAGUGAGCAUUACGGUGGCAGCAUCUAUGUUUAUCUCACAACCAAAACAACCUGUGGUUUAUGGCGAUCCUUUCCAGAACCGGUUGGACUUUGGCCAAGGAUCGGGAUCUGCAGUAUGUCUGACUCAGGGCAAAAAGCAGACUGAUCAGCUUAUUCCAAAGAUAGAUGCCAAACUUGAAGACCUGGGCAUCCAGCAGCAACAGCUUCAGCAGCAGCAGAAACAGCUGCAGCAGCAACAGCAACAACUGGAGCACCAGCUCCAACAACAUCACCAACAGCAACAGCAACUUCAGCAGCAGCAAGCCACUUUCGCCAGAUAUAAUCUAGCAAAUCAAGUCCAACCUUUACACAAGAAAGAUAUGAUGGUGAGCCAGACUAACACUGCCCAAGCUGUAGUCAGUGUCAGUGCAAUCCCCAGGGCAUCUCCAGUCCCAGAUCAAGCUGGGCUAACAGGUGCAAUUUCUGCUCCCCCUCUUGACCUGUACAGUGGUGUUCCCCUGGAACUAAAGGGUCAACCUCCCAUUGUCAACUUAUCAGGAGUGAAGCCACAUGUCAUGAUGGUACAACUGGAUAACGCCUCCCAAGGUGCAACGGUCACCCAGCUAGUGAAACCAGGAGAGGCCCCAGAUGCCCUUGACCUUACUGGGAUUAAAUCGGAAAACCAGGUUGCGUGCUGCGAUGUGGUCUACAAAUUCCCCUUUGGUGGCAGCUGCACUGGACCCUUUGCUCAAAAGCCAAAGGUGCCAGAGAAAACUCAUGUGCCAGUAUCGGAACCUCCUCAGAGCAGUCGGCCUCCUUCAGCUCCUCAGUACUAUGGAAGCAGGGCACAGGAGGCUAGCCAAGAAAACUACCAGUACCGUGAGCAGUUAGCGGGCAGCCAUGGCUUAAUGGAUGAGCGGAAACCCUACCCUCUUCCUUUCCCAGGACGGUUGCACCCAUCCAUGUCUGACACUAAUCUCGCGGAAGCUGGGCUGCAUUAUUACCAGACAAAGACUGACACCAGUCAGCGUGGGCCUGUGGACAUGGCAGUGGAUCUGAGCACAAUGAAACAAUCCUAUGGCCCCAGCUUCUCUGAGGGAGGGUACUUUGGUUUGGGUAUGCAGUAUGGAUCCUACACAGAUCUACGUCACCAGGGAGACAUGAUGAGCCAACCUUUACCUAUACGAAGGUACAGUUCGCUGUCGAACAUCAACGCAGAUUACAGUUACUCAUCACGGGACCUUUCUAGUUUCCAGGAGUCUAACCUAGCUCAAUACAGUGCCACAACUGCAAGGGAAAUCAGUAGAAUGUGUGCUGCUCUGAAUUCAAUCGACCAGUUUGGUGGAAGAUUUGGUACCAACCCAGAGCUCAUGCAGUAUGGUUCUGCAGGAGGAGGCGCCUCUGGAAGUAGGUUCGGUCUGCUCUCUGGGCAGCAAGGCCUACCGUCCAUGAAGGCCAACCUGAUGUAUGGCUCUAAUCUUGCUGAAGGGAGGAUGUCUGCACAUGUUCAAAGCCAAGCUAGCUUGGCACAGUAUAAUGCAAGGCAAGCCAGCAUAAGGGCUAUGUACCCCUCCGCAGUCAGAGCUGCAGAUGGAAUGAUCUAUUCCACCAUCAAUACCCCCAUAGCCUCGACCUUGCCUAUCACUACGCAGCCUGCAUCAGUCCUGCGGCCCAUGCUGAGGGGCCUUUACAGACCUUACCCCACAGGAAACAUGACAGCCGUACCCUUGGCCAGCCUCACAAGGUUGCCUCUGGUAACCCCCAGGAUGCCUCUGUCCUCCCAAGGACCAUACCGUUACCCUCCUCCCAACCGUUUCCCAGUAGCCCCUGCGGCCGCCUCUGUAGCUCCCGCUGCCACAGCCUUGGAGACACCAGUUUACCUUGGCAAGCCUUCGGUGACCUCUGGAGUCUCAAGCGCCAUGCCUUUGGCCUCUUCUGUACCAGUUACCCAGCCUACAAGCCACAUGGGGGUGCCAAAUGCGCAGGCGGGAGCGGCCCCUACAACAGCCCUGCCUAUGGCGCAGCCCGUUGUUGCGCCCGCCAGCCAGCAGCAGCCUCAGAUUCACCACCAGGCCCAACUCCCAGCCCAGCAGCAGCCACACCUCCAGGCGGCCCAGCCUCAGACCCAGCAUCAGCCCCAGCCCCAGAGUCAGCCUCCCUCACAGCCCCCAGCCCAGCCGCAGACCCCAGCCCAGCCCCAGCCCCAGCCCCCGCCCCCGGCCGUGCCCGGCGUGGCCGCCGGCGGCACCGAGAAGGAGAAGGAGGAGGAGAGGCUGCGCCGGCAGCAGGAGCACCUGCUGCAGUUCGAGCGGGAGCGCGUGGAGCUGGAGAAGCUGCGCCAGAUGCGCCUGCAGGAGGAGCUGGAGAGGGAGCGGCUGGAGCUGCAGCGGCACCGGGAGAAGGAGCAGCUGCUGGUGCAGCGCGAGAUCCAGGAGCUCCAGACCAUCAAGCAGCAGGUGCUGCAGCAGCAGCAGGUGGAGAGGGAGACCCAGCUGGUCAUGCAGAGGGAACAACUGGCCCAGCAGAAGAUGCAGCUAGACCAGAUACAGUCUCUGCAGCAGCAGCUCCAGCAGCAGCUGGAGGAGCAGAAGAGGCAGAAAGCUGCCGCAGCCGCUGCAACGGUGGGGACGACAGCACCAGGUGCCAUACAGGGGGUAGCAGUAGUUGGAGCAUCAGCUCCUCAGGGAUACUCCAUCGUCUGUGACCAAACUGGCAGGCUGAUUCAGCAAGAAGUGCCAUGUGAAAUGCAGAGGACAAUGGGCCAAAACGGGCAGUUCUGGCAGCCCUUUAUAGAAGGAGGAGUGAUACAAGGAGUUAUGCCCCCGCGACCUCUGCCCAGCUCUGCUUCUGAAAUGUCCCUUAGGAAUGAAGAGCACAUGGAGGUACGGGCCAUGAAGAAGAGGAAUUCAAUGCCCCGCCUGAGGGAUGGGGGGGAAUUCGAGGAAAACCAGCACUCGGUGAAGAGGAUUGCUGACAGCAGCGUUCAGACUGACGACGAGGAUGGGGAGGAGAGAUUCUACAUGUCAAGGCGCAGACGCACCAGGCGAAUCGUGGACUGCAGCGUCCAGACCGACGACGAAGACAACGGAGAGUGGGAGCAGCCGGUCAGGCGCCGACGAUCCCGUUUCUCCAAGCAUUCCGACUCCGGAUCCGAGAGCAAGGCCGAUUCGUCCAAGGGCACUUCGAGCAUAGCCAUCCAGACCAUCAGCGAUUGCUCCAGUCAGACGGAGCCUGACCAGUUAGGGAGAGUCUCCCCGGCCAUUCACAUAACCACCCAUGACCCCAAGGUGGAGAUCGUCCACUACAUUUCCGCCCCCGAGAGGACUCAGAAAGGAGAGAGCCUGGCUUGCCAGACGGAGCCAGAGGCUCAGUCCCAGGGCGUGGUUGUCCCCCAGCUCACAGUGCCAACCACUGUCACUCCUUACUCCACCAACAUCCAGCUGGUGGGCUCUGGCCCAGUAGACCCCCUCUCUCCCCGGCUGCAAGGGGUGGCCAAGUUUGAAAAGAGGAAGCCCGAUCCCCUGGAAAUCGGCUACCAGUCACACCACUUGCACAACGAGUCCCUCUCCAACCUUAUCCGCCAGCCCCCCAAGUCGCCCCAGGUGCUGUAUUCCCCUGUGUCUCCCCUCUCCCCGCACCGCCUCCUGGAGACGUCCUUCUCCUCCAGUGAGCGACUCAACAAAGCGCACGUCACGCCGCAGAAACACUUCACGGCCGAGUCUCCGCAGCGCCAGCAGACCUUGCCCCGGCCCAUCAAGACAAUGCAGCGGUCCAUGUCAGACCCCAAGCCCAUCAGCCCGACAACAGAAGAUCCGGCCAAGGCCAAAUUUUCCUUGUAUCAGCAGCAGGCUCUCCAGAACAGUCAGCUGUCAGCCUUGCAACAGAACACCUUGAUCCGGAAAGUAAAAAGAACCUUACCCAGCCCGCCUCCUGAGGAAGCCCACCUUCCCGUUGUCACUCUUCCUCUUCCUCAGAUGUAUGCACCUACCAUGCCUCAAAAGGCCGGACCAAGGCCAGUGCAGGCCAACAAGGCUAGCCUGCUGAAGGACAUCACCCAUGAGCUGAAGGUGGUGGAGCAAGAGUCCACCAAGUUGCGCAAACAGCAGGCUGAGCUGGAGGAGGAGGAGAAGGAGAUUGAUGCCAAGCUUCGCUAUCUGGAGCUGGGCAUCACCCAAAGGAAGGAGACCUUGCUAAAGGAGAGGGAAAGGAGAGAGCUGGCCUACAUGAGGUGCAUGGGAGAUACCCGUGACUACAUGUCGGACAGUGAGCUGAACAACAUGCGAAUUGCGACAACCUAUGAAGGCAAUGGGAUGUUGACAAGACCAAGCACAGCUCCCUUAAACCAGUUCAAUGAGUUGACCACAGCACAGUAUCCUCCCACCACCUCUUUUGUCACCUAUCAGUACCCACAAACCCAGACAGCGCCACAGGCAACCACCACCUAUCAACAAACUGGUUUCCAGCCCCCACAGUACCCACUUGUCACCAAUGCCCAACCUCAGCCAAAUACGUUUCAGACCCACCACCCUCCUCCACCAUACCAGACACAGGGCACAUUCCAACCUCAUAACUACACCCCAAACCAACCCUAUCAGCCAGACCUGGGAGUGCAGAACCACCCAGGAUUUCAGCCUCCUCCUGCUCCCUACCAAACACAGGCCACAUACCCAAGUCAAACAUCCUACCAGCCUGGCCAGAACAUACCUUUCCAACCGCAGGCUGAGAUCCUUACUGUUCACCAAAAGCCACGGCAGACCUCCCUGGCUGAUCUGGAGCAGAAAAUGCCCACCAACUACGAGGUCAUCAGCCAUCCCACAGUCGUGGUGACUUCCGCCGGUCAAGAGAUGACCUACACCCCCACAACUGUGACCAACAACUAUGGGCAGUACAAACCUCCUGAGACCACUCUGUCCGACCGCAUUAAUACUGCGGAGAGUCCCACAUCUGCCUACUCUUCCGAAGGCCUCUACACCAACCUGGAGCAGAACAUCCCCCGCAAUUACGUCAUGAUUGAUGACAUCAGCGAGCUCACGAAAGAGAACGUGGGGACUUCCUCGGACAUGCAGAAGGCUGACAUUCACGGCCACCCAACGAAUGGGCGGUACGGGAAGGACCGGUGUGACACGGGUGAGAAUGGGAGCUCCGCGAGAGUGAGCUCCUACUCCAGGGCCGAGGAGGAAUCCGAAGAAGACCUAUAUGACCACCACGGGAGGAGUAAGAACAGCAGCAGCUACCAUCAGCGAGGUGGAGACAGUCAUAGCAGAAUGGGCAGCAGCAGUAGCGGGGGUGGAGGAUCCUCCUAUUACUACGAUGAUUACAAGCACUCAUCGCGAUCAUCAGACAAGCACGGUUCCAGCAUGGGAAUCCAGAAGCAUUCGUCCAAGAAUCUGGCUCCAGCCGUUGUGUCCUCCAAGCGCAGCAAGCACAGGAAGCAGAGCAUGGAGCAGAAGAUAUCUAAGUUCUCCCCUAUUGAAGAGGCAAAAGACGUGGAGUCGGACAUGGCCUCUUACACCAUCACUACAUCCUCUGGUGGUAGCUGCAACGUCAUGACGAGGGCCAAGAAGCUACAGGAUGAAAUCACCUACGGCUUGAAGAAGAACGUCUAUGAUCAGCAGAAGUAUUACGGCAUGUCCAGCCGCGAAGCCUUGGAAGAGGAUGACCACAUUUACAGCACUGGAAGGUCUAGGUCCACCGGCUACGGCAUGGACAAAAUCUCUUCCAGAGACUCGGGCAACCAUAGGAGCAAGUCCUAUGAGAGAGACACCAUGGAGCGAUCCCAGAGGGGCAGCCACAGCCGUGGCCGGCCGUCCAUGCGCUCCCAGCACUCCGAAGAGGAGAGCCCGCUCAGCCCCUUGGGGAAGCCCAUGGGUGUUGGGCGAGGUUCUGGAGUGCCUGAGCCACCUGACAGCCGCAAUCAGUUUGGCUCCAGUCAUUCCCUACCUGACGUGCAGGAUCAUAUGAAGGACAUUCCCAGAAGCCAUGCCUACAAACCCGAUGAUGCUUACAUCAUAGAUGAUAUGCAUUGUGCUGUAUCUGACAGUGAAGCCUAUCAUUUGGGGCAGGAGGAAACGGACUGGUUUGAGAAACCGCGGGAACUGCGCUCUGAGAGAUCGAGGCAUUACAGCAGCGGCGGCGGCGGCGGCGGUGGCCAUUCGUCCUCCCAGAGACGGAACCACGUGAAGCACACGUACCACGACUACGACGAGCCGCCGGACGAGGACUUGUGGCAGCAGGACGACUACUCUCACCCGCGGCAUUCCUCCUCCUCGUCCCGGGAGCACAGGCACCACGGCAGCAACUCGGGCAGGCACUCGUCCUCGUCUCGGCACUCCUCGGAGGAGGCGAGGUCCUCCAGGUCGUCCAAAGGCCACCCCAAGGAGUCCUCCGUGCGCCACGAAUCCAGGCAGGCGGCGGCCUCGUCCUCCCAGAAGAGGAGCCAGCCCGCGGAUUCGAGAUCCUUGCAGGGCUACCACUCCUCCGAUUACUCCCGCCAGCCCUCCAGCCACCACCACGGCUCCUCGGAGGGCCAGAGGGUGCAGAAGCAGCCCCCGUCGUCCCACCAUCAGCAGCCCCAGCAGCAGCAGCAGCAGCAGCCGCAGCAGCCACAGUCGUCGAGGAAGCAGGACCACCAGGCCGCGUCCUCCAGGCAGCCGCCGUCAAGCCAGCCGCAGCCCUCCUCCAGGCAGCCGCAGGCAGGAAGGCUGCCCGCAUCCCAGCAGCAGCAGCAGCAGCAGCAGGAGGGUCUCCAGCAGCAAGGGCAGCAAGGGCAGCAGGGACCGCAGGCUCGCAGCCAGCAGCAGCAGGGGCAGGGGCAGGGGCAGGCGCAG